GUUUUACGUACGUUCGCUGGUGUAUUUAUUACGUCAACGCGUAUUAUUUAUCCAGCGUUCAACCUAAGCAACAUGCCUUGCCCAUUUUUAACACGUCUCUCUGCAAAUUACAUUCGCAAUUAUGGAGCUUCUGUAAUAACAAAUUACCGUCAGCUUUGCCCAGUGAUGUCUCAGUUGUUUAGUACUGAUACACAAUCUACUAAAAUGCAACAAAUUGAAGAAACUAUUAGUAAUCAGUGCCCAUUUCUUGCUGAAAAACAAAAUGCAGUGAAAGUGGCUAGCCCUAUGAUUGAAGAGGAUAUUAUUAAUGUAUCGAACCAAAUUAAUGUAGAAAAAUCAAAUUUCCCCUAUGAAGAGUUCUUCCAUGAACAAAUCAUGAGAAAGAAAAAGGAUCAUUCUUAUAGAGUUUUUAAAAAAGUGAAUCGGUUGGCAGAAAACUUUCCAACUGCAAUGGAGUAUUCUUGGGGGGAGAAAGAAAUCACUGUAUGGUGUUCAAAUGAUUAUUUAGGAAUGUCACGGCAUCCAGCAGUGACUGAUUCUGUUCAAAGAGCAUUAGAUAAGUUUGGAGCAGGAGCUGGUGGAACAAGAAACAUAUCUGGAAACUCUAUAGGUCAUGAAAUGUUAGAGAAAAGACUUGCUUCUUUACAUCAGAAAGAGGCUGGCUUAUUAUUCACUUCUUGUUUUGUUGCCAAUGAUUCCACUUUGUAUACUUUAGCAAAACUUCUGACUGGUUGCCAUAUCUUUUCUGAUGCUGGGAAUCAUGCAUCUAUGAUCCAGGGUAUAAGAAACAGUGGGGUGCCGAAGCAUAUUUUUAGGCACAAUGAUGUAAAACAUCUUGAAGAACUUCUUUCCAAAGUAGAUAAAAGUGUGCCAAAAAUAGUAGCAUUUGAAACAGUACAUUCUAUGACUGGUGAUAUAUGUCCUUUAGAGGAAUUAUGUGAUGUUGCACAUAAAUAUGGUGCCUUAACAUUUGUUGACGAGGUUCAUGCUGUUGGACUAUAUGGAUAUUGUGGUGCUGGCAUUGGAGAGAAAGAAUUGGUACUCCAUAAAAUGGAUAUUAUAUCUGGCACCUUAGGGAAAGCAUUUGGCAAUAUUGGCGGCUAUAUUGUUGGAUCCGCAAAAUUAAUAGAUAUGAUACGAAGUUAUGCCGCUGGCUUUAUUUUUACAACUUCGUUACCACCGACAGUAUUAUACGGUGCCUUAACAGCAGUUGAAAUUUUAGCCUCGGACGAAGGAAGAGUAUUGAGAGCUAACCACCAGAAAAAUGUGGCUUAUAUGAAAUCUAUUCUAACUGAUGCAGGUCUUCCGUUAGAACCGUCGCCCUCCCACAUUAUUCCCAUAAAAGUAAAUAUUUUUUGUUACAUUACAUAUAUUUUUUAUCCGUUUCUAAUAUUAUUAUAUUUAAUUAUAAUUGGGCAUUAUGUACAAGCAAUCAAUUAUCCAACUGUUCCAAAGGGGGAAGAAAAAUUAAGGCUAGCCCCGACACCAAAACACACUCGAUCGAUGAUGGAUCAAUUUGUGAGAGACACUUUAGACGCAUUUCAUCGGCUAAAUAUACCGACAGUCCAUAAAAGUAUAAAACAAUAA